GGCGAACUCGCUGCGUGUGUAUGCGUGUCUCCAGCUAGGCCAGAGAGUGAUGGCGGCGCCCGUCCUGAGAGUGUCCACCCCUCGGUGGGAAAGAAUAGCCAGGCUUCUCGUCUGCCUGCUGGGCAUACUGCUGUCUCUAUAUGCCUUCCACGUCGAGAGGGAAAAGGCCCGGGACCCCAGUUACAAGGCUAUGUGCGACGUGAGCAGCUCCAUCAGCUGUUCAAAAGUGUUCAGCUCAAGGUGGGGUCAAGGAUUUGGACUCCUGGGCUCAAUUUUUGGAAAUGACAGCGCACUGAACCAACCCAACAGUGUCUACGGAAUUGUCUUUUAUGCCUUUCAGCUCCUUCUAGGAAUGACUGUCAGUGCAAUGGCCGCCCUUAUUCUCAUGACGACAUCCAUCUUGUCGGUGGUGGGUUCGCUCUACCUGGGCUACAUCCUCUACUUUGUCCUAAAGGACUUCUGCAUCAUCUGCAUCACCACAUAUGCGCUGAACUUCAUUCUCUUUAUUCUCAACUACAAGCGACUGGUUUACUUGAACGAGGCCUGGAAGCAGCAGCUUCAGGCCAAGCAGGACUAAGCUGUCGAGAACGGCAAGAAAAACAAGAUAAACAAACAAAAGAGAAAAAAAAGAAAUGUGACCUCUGAACAUUUUGACUUGCCACCAGGAGACCUUGCUUCCAAACAAUGUUUAUUCUGCUGUGUGUUCAAAAAAAAAUGAAGAAAUUUAACUUAAAUGUUGGGGCCUGACAUCUCAAUGUUGCAAACACGGAAGGAUUUGUAAGUGAAAGGUGAUUUUCUUUAGUUUCUUUUUCCUUGUUUAACAUUUUAUUCACUUAAGGAAGGGGCUGUGUGUGAGUGAGUGUGUCGUGUGUGUGUGUCAACCCGAGCAAGCAGAUGCAGAAGGCCACAAAACAGACCGACGGAGGACAGCUCUCUUUUGAACAAAAAGGAUCGCAGAAUGGAAGAACACAGGACAUUAAAGGGGUUUACUUGAAACGGUUAGAGAGGUCCUUUUACUGCACAGCGGAUCUGCACUUAAAACUUGGAAAUGAGUAAAGGGUCCCAAAAAUUAAAAAAAACACUCAUUAGGUCAUCGUACAGUUUGCAGAUAAGGUUCAAUGGCUGGGUGGGGUGGAAAGGGGGGGGGGGGGGCAAAAGGAUUAACAUUUAUACAGAGUAGUUUCUUUUCAUGUUUACACUUUGUAGUACGUUUCUUUUAUGAAGAGGACCACUAAAAAUAAACACAGGACAAUGUGAGAUAUUGUGUGUAGAUCAGUCAGAUUGUUUGUUUUGCAAUUCUGUAAAUAGCUGCUGAGCAAUACUCCAGGCUAGAUUGUGAUUUUAGUGUCGACACAAAUCUUUUAAGGACAAAAAAUAACACCAACAAAACAGGAGAAAACAUCAGUAAACAUGGAACAAAAUGUGGUAAAGGUCACAGUUAGGUGGGUGAAGAUGUGCUCGGGACAUCUUCCGUCCUGUAAUCCUGGUCAGGCAUGCAGUUCAGAGUUGUGUUGUUGUAAGUGGUUAUUGUUUCAUCUGAAGCCACCGACACAAGUCUUUUAAAACAUGGGUUCUUUUCACCAAGUUUGCAUAAAAGGCACCCUCACUCUUUUUUUUGUUUGUUUUUGGUUAUUGUGUGAAAAGCAUUCCUGACCACCACACAAGUGGGAUCCAUAAAGACUUAUGUGCCUAAAGGAGUGUUAAGGUGAAUUAUCUUUCUUUUUUUUUUUCUUCUUCUUUUUUUUUUGUUAAUGUUUUGGGCGUGGGUGGGCGGGCGGGGAGUAAUGUCAUGUUAACACCGCUUGUUGUUUUAUUGUCACAGGUCCGAGGCUUUAUUUUUAUGAUCACAGUUUUGUAAAUUAAGAUACCAGUGAAGUGUUUUCUCCCUCAUGAGGUAGCAAAGGCUGCUACACUGUGAUUGUCUGCUGAAGUGGCCUGGUGGCAGAGGCAUCUCCUCAUCUCGCUCUUUUAAAAUGCUCCUCUGGCUUUUGUUCACCGUCCAGCCUGUAUACAUUUGAUGUCAAUUGAACAGUAACGGUGAUCUUGCCAAGCUGAGUUACAGUUCAUUUGCAGGAUGUGAACAAAACUUGGAAAAUGUCAUGCUUUAUUUAUGUUGACAUGAGCAGCAGAGGCGUUACAAAGUGUAAGAUUCUGUAAGAAAACAAAAAUAGUUUGUCAAGCCAUAUGUGGAGUUUGUGGGAUUAUUGCAGCGGCAGGAAAGAUGUCCAGGUGAUGGUUUUCUAAGGCGAACAGCUGCAGAUGCUGAAGCUUUUCAUGACGCGCUUGAUCUAACAUGGAAGGGUUUGUACAGAGGUAGAUCACAGUAUGGAAAAAGCAACCACAGCUUGUAGUGACUUUGCUGGAAAUCCACAGUAUUGUCAGUUUAGUGACAGAGUAGGGCCAUUGUUUCUUUUGCAUCCAGAAUCCACUUAUUAAAGGGUAACUACAGUAUUUUCAACGUGGACUCUGUUUUCCCUGUGUGUGUGACCAAGUGACCAAUGGAAACAGCAAUUUUUAAAUCGGACCAGUAUUGGGCAACAGCGCUGCAGUCGGCAGCUGCGAAACAGCUGCAGUGUAACCCACAUCGCCAGUGUACAUCCACUAAAAGUGCUUGUUUUGCCAAUGUCAGGCUCAGAUUGUUAUUCUAAGUGUCUGUUAACAUUAUGGAAAGGAUCCCUACAGAGAUAGACCUUUUUGUUUAACCAGAAUAAGCCCCGAAAGCAUUUUCACCAAACCCAUCAGACUAUCAGACAUGCUAAAAUGCUAAAUGUUUUUAUUUAAAGUGAGUCUAGUGAGUUUGGCGAUGGCAAUUUUGGAGAUGUUUCUGGUUAAACAAAAAAAUCUUAAACAAAAAAAGUGUAUCUCUGUUGGGAUCCUUUCCAUAAAUGUUGUCAGACACUUGAAUGAAAAAAAUUGGAUCCUGUCAGUGGCAAAAACAAGCACUUUAUUGGACCUAAAUUGAUGGUGCAGACAUGCCUUGAGUGGUUACAUUGCAGCCUGUGUUUGCCACUGACAGGCUCAGAUUAUUAUCAUAAAUAUGACAUCAUGGAAAGAAUCCCAAUCAGAAACAGCCCUGACAUUGGCAUCUCCAAACCCACCAGACUCCAUUUAAAGAAAUAGUUAUUUUAGCGUGUAUAGAGCCAGCAUAUUUUCACAUCUAACUGGGUGAAUUAAGGGUUCAUUUCAACCAAACCAGAGCUGAUUGACUGUUGGAACGGGAAAUAUAAACCAAGACAUUUUUGUGAGUUUUAAUUUGUUUCUGUCAACUUUGAAUGAAAUUUUUUUUUGUUAUCACAGAACAAAUGACUGUUUAUUUAAAUGGAGUCUGGCGUGUUUGGCAACAGCAAUUUCGGGCUGUUUCUGGUUAAAUAAAAAGGACCCUACGCUUUAACAAAAAUGUAAAUUCUCUUUAGAGAGCCUUUCCAUAUGUUGUGAACAAAAGCCUGAGCCUGUCAGUGGCAAAAACAAGCACUUCUAGUGGACGUAAACUGAUGGUAGGAACAUACCCCAAGUAGUUACAUUGCAGCUUGUUUCGCAGCUGCUGGCUGCAGUGGUCUCGCUCAAUACUGGACCAAUUUAAAAUACUGUUGUUCCCAUCAGUCACUUUGACACAAAAACAUGGGUAAAUAGGGUCCAGGUUGAAAAAAACUUAAGUUACCCUUUAAAGCAUCCAGAUGCAUGGUACACUAUCUCCUGGCUUUAAGCGUAUGUUGGCCAUCGGACAAUCUUACACACACUGUCAAAGAUCCACAACAGUCUUGGUAUAAUAACUGUAAUAAUGUGAUUCAUGUGUGGUGUUGAACCAGCUUGUUAAUAGUUUCCAUCACUGCUAGUUUCCAUGCCCUUUCACUUAAAUAGAAGUUCUCCCUGACAGUUUUCUUUGUGGGGUGAGGGUUGGUAAAGUAUUGACGAUAGCAACUGCCAGGAAAGUAAUCUAAGAAGUGACAUCGUGCUUCCUGUGAUAACAUAUGAAGUCACUGCUUGUCUAUGAAAAUGGAAAUUUAGUUGUUUUUUUCCCCAGGAUAAUGUCAAAAUGAAAUUGUCUGUUCAUUCGUGUUGUAACCAAUUUACUACUUAUCAUAUAAAGGCUGUGUUACAUUAUUAUUACCCAUUUUCCAAAGCAUAAUGUGCAUUGUAUAUUUGAUAUUGUUUUUCCUACAUACCAGGCUCACAAUGGUUUCCAUUCAUAUAAGAUUUCAUUGAUACCAAUCCCGUUAUCGAUUCUACUUAUUGAGCUGGUUCUUUAUGGAUUCCCUUACUGAUUCCUGAUCAGUCUUCUGUGUGGAAAAGAGGCCUCUACAGGUUUUCAGCAUCAACACAACUGCUUUAUUGUAAAUUUGUAAACCAAAAAUCUGCUUGGCCCUCCUGCUGGCGCUAAUAUUACUAUCAUAACAGGAUUUUUACCCUCGGUAACGGAUGUGCUCCUCGGUUGGGAAGCAGUGGCACUGAUGCGUAGAGUGUCAAAUAUGUGGGAUUCCUGUAAUUCAAGCCCAUGUUGCAUCGAAGGAUGUUUCAGCAUUGCGCUGGUGUUUCCACCCUUAUUUGAAAGUCUAAUUUUACAGACAGCAGCACUGUUGUCAUCUGUCUUCGUGAAAUAAAGCCACACUUUGGAGCAUUUCUUCCUCUCUGAUACGACUCCCUGUUGCAAGUUUCCAGCAGCAUAGAUGCACAAGUUUGAGGUCAUUAUUCUGCUGUGUGCAACUGUCAGAAAAAAAACAUGCCGGCAUCAAUAAAAGGAGCUGAUAAGGAGGGAUAUGAUUCGGGUGGAUUGGGCAAUUUGUAUUAGAUUCUUAUCCCUAUGUCAGUGCUUGACCAUUGGGUUACAGAUUAACUGAUAAAUGUAAUAAAGUUGGGCAGCCUGCAAGCCAAGCCUAGACUUCAGUUUCACUCUUACUUGAAGGAGUAGUCCACUAAUUUACCAUACACUCCUAUAAAAUGUAUUCAGUGCUAUAUCAUAUGUAUCGCAUUACCAGAUUCUUGCCAAAACACAGCUUGUACAUACCUACAAGAGAUUAGUCAAAAUGGCACUUAUAGACAGAAUGUAAUUUAAUUUAUUGUAACUGCAAUCAAAGUGGCCCCCUGCUGGCUGUAUAGGUCAUAACCCCGCCCCCUCCGUGCUAGAAGAUGGGACACAGGCUGUAAAAUUUUUUCCCCCAAAGAUGGUUCCUGUCAUUUUCACGUUGAUAUAUGUUCAAGUGUUCAUUUUUCUUGUAAGUUUGGUUUUAAUUAGUUAUUUGAUGCAAUGAAAAGUGGGUACAGCGUCAUGUUUGACAGCUGUGUGUGCCAACUGGUGGGCUCAUGAUCAAUGGCGCAACUCGUGAUUGGGUUGGACAGGUUGCAACCAAAGUGGCUGCACCACUUCCUGAUCAUGACUGUGCAGACUCUGGCUCCAAAUGACAAAGAUGGCAGUGCCUGUAUCUGGGAUAUUUGGCUUCAUUUUGUGGAGACACAUUGCCUGUCUUUUUAUACAGUCUAUGUUUUUUAUGUCAUACAGAAAUGAAUGGGAACCAAUGGCUGCCUGGAAGAAAAACUCAUUUAAAACACUAAGGUUUGCUUUGGAAAAUGGUUAACAGUUAAGCUGCAUGAUUGGUAGUAAACUGGCAAAAACAUGUGCGCACCAGUACAGUCCUAUUUAACAGACUGUAUUGAAUAAUUUAAAUGUUUGCAUCAUUCCUUAGCAAGUUAAGACCUUCAUUAUACAGUAUUGCCUUGUCGGGCUUACAUCAGGUUCUUUUUCGUCUAAUGACAUUAACAACUGUUUUGUCUUUGUCCUUUGUCUGGGAAAACCUGUGCACUCAAGACAAGUCUCCUAUGGAUUCACUUGCACAAGUCAAACUGACAUAAUUUUUGUGGCAACAGCUCUGGGUCCUCCUGUGAGUAUCGACCACAGAACUGACGACAGUAGGUAGCCUAUCAUUCAUGAGUCCAGUCAUAUGCAAGCCUAUUAUACUAGCUGUGUGCAGUUACUUUAAAGAAAAUGGUUCAGGAAUUUGGAUGUCGAGUCAAAUGUUUGAAAUCUUUGGCUGGUAACACGUGCUGUGUUGACGAUUUUAAUGUGGAAAAAGAAGGUCAAAACGAUCGAUAAUGCAUUCUCAUAAAUACUCAUUUAGGCCCUGAGGUAUAACUGCCAUGUUAGUUGCAUCACCAAUGCCAACAAAAGUGCCUUCUGUUUGAUCACUAGGCCUUGAGCCAAAGACGAGCAACAGUGAUAGCCUUGUAAAAUGAAGAAUGGUAACUGUAACAGGCACUUCUGCUUGCCUUCCUCAAAAUGUAAUCUGAUAAAUUGGUCAUUCCCAAACAUCUGAUGUCCAGUAUAUAUCGGUGCAAAGAUCCAUUCAGAAGUAACCAGACAAAACGCCCUGUUAAAAUCAAUGGUCAUUCCCUUUUUUUCCUUCCUGAACUCCACCAUAUAAUUAUUUUGUCUAGCUAGGACAUGUUUGUUAGUUGAGAAUACACUCUGUUCAAACUACAUGAUUGUAAUGUUCUUUUUUCAUCAUUAAUUAUGCCCUUUAGCUGUAUAGACUGUUAACAUUCUGGGUUAUUUUAGUAAAAAAAAAACUUAAAAAGUUGAGGGGUUGGAGGGCUAGGAAUCCAUGUGUCAGCAUCAAAUGUUUAUUAAAUUUCUUUGUGGAGGAAAACUUACUGGGUUUGCUUCUGUAUUGCCAAAUAUGUUUUAAAAUGCUGUAUUUUCUUACAUGGAAAAGUGUUACAUGAAUGGUAGGAGGGUGCAAAAAAAUUAAUCUGUUCAAAUCCAUCUUACCUUAAGGGAAAACUGUGGAAAAGGUUGACAUGAGAACAUUUUUAAUUGUGUCAUUGUCAUGUGAAAAAUGAUCUACCAUUAAAACAUUCCCUCUGAAACUA